UGAUGGCCUAGUUUCAGUAUAAGUAUACUUUAUGGAAGAGAGGCGAAUAGGAAUACCAAGAAUCUUUUGGUGACUCACGUUGAAAAUGUAGUGGUAAAUCCGACAUGUAGAUCCUCUACGAGUGUUGCUUUCGCAGGAGGUUGCUUCCACAGUAAAGAAGAUGACGGAGGUUGCUUUCGCAGGAGGAGCAGUGUCGGGUAGUUCUCAGCAGCCUUUGCUUUUGUUACGGCUACUCCUGUUUCAAGCUACUCUUAAGUUUACUCCUGCACCACUUAAUACUGCCAACUACAGUAAAGACAAGCUCAAGUACGUAACGUAAUAUAUAAAUAUAUUGGCAAGCCCGUUGAGGGGUGUGGCCCUCAGAGACCACCCCUCAAAUCAUCGGAAACAUCUGCUACCGAAAUCACUCCCAUAACUUCCUUCUUUAUCCCGUCCUCUAGUGUGGCUACCGCUAAAGCAUGUCCUUAACUACAACACGAUCCCUUGUAUGAUGCCACUUAAACUUAUUGAGAACGAAGAUAUGAGAAUGUUGUUCGUAGCUAAGAAGGCGAAGAGGGGACGACAUUCCCAUAUUGGCAUUCUCAAUGGGUGGAAAACAUUCAUCCCUGUCUCUUCUUCUAGAUGAAAAGAUGGAGCCAACCAUUCCACCACUUGACUAUUACUACGACGGUAGGGCUCGAUGGGAUCUUCUUCUAAUUGAAUACGCUACUGCUCUAGGAUUCUUCUUCUACUUGAAAAAAUGACCUUUCCAAGGAUACUAUUUAAAUCACUCCCAAGGAGGUUCUUCUUCUUCUCAGCAGAAGUUCUUGAAAAGAAGAAGCUCACCUAGCUAGGAGGAUGCCACACCUCUAACAAUGGGGCGUUGGUUCCAAUACCUUCGGAAGACGCAUCCCGAAUUCGAAGACGUCCGGUCGAAGAUUUUCAACUUCUUCGCUGAAAAGUUAUGCUGUUGUCUUUACUAGUACUAAGAUAGAGUAAGAGAGAGCGGGUUCUUUCUGGUAAAAUAGAGUAAGAGAGAACGGGUUCUUGCAAAGAGCGGGCUCUUGCAAUCAAGAGCGGGCUCUUGCAGUAAUGAGCGGGCUCUUGCAAAGAGCGACUUGCAAUUGCAAGGAGCGACUUGCCAAGAAUGACUACUAGCUACAUGAGUUUAUUUUUCCUGGUUGCUCUUGCUUGUAGUCAAUGUCCUCAGAGUCAUGAUAGUACAUCAACUACUUGUUACUUCAACUACACCAUGAUAGAUAGAGAAGAUAGCACACCAACUAUUUGCUACUUCAACACCGUGUAGCUCUAGCUGUAGGGUAACAAAAAAGAUACCACGCCGUGUUGUAGCAGGGUAUCAAAAAAACAUACCAACAAGAGCAAGGGCUUUAUGCUCAUAGUCUGUGGUGGUGGAAGAAGAUGAUGGUGGAAAAUGAGAGGAGAUGAAAAAACGUAGCACAAGUGUCGAGAAAAUAUAUUCUGUACUAGAUUUGGACUCAUUUUCACAAUGUUCAUACCAAGUUCAAGCUCAUGCCCGUCUUCCUUAAAUGGGUAACGGGAGGCAGAGUGCUGCCAAAUUACCACAAGGCGCCACUGCGUGGCGCGAGAGUGGUGAGCACAUCCCCCCGCUCUGUUGAGCGUGAUGCGAGAGAGAUCUUCCGUAGAGAUGAGCUCAUCCGUGCCUUCUGUUGAGCAUGGCGCGCACUGGCCGCGGCGCGCGAGAGAUCUUCAGUUGAGCAUGACCCGCGAGAAGUGGGGCAAUCCCUCCCUUCUGUUGCGUUUGCCGCGCGCGAGCUGAGUGCAGACUCUCUAUCUGUUUAGUGGGGCUCCCCUACUGUCUUGACACACUGACAAGGUUGCGCAGGUAGAGACACUCCGGUCCGCGGUGACUCUCUGUGGCGAGGGAACUGGUCAGGUCCUUUGAGCGGCUUUUCUUAGCUGUAGAGCACUCAGCCGCGAAGUAAAGCGUCUGCUCCUCCAAAGCUCCGCGCUCCUCAGUCCCUCGGAUCCUGACUCGCUUCCGCCUUGGCACCUCUUCACCGCCAUCAUCCUCGACUUGGUCGCCUUCGAACGGCGCGCCUUUCGCGAGUCUCGCACAGACUCCCGCAGUUGCACUAGCGCUGCAUCCUUAAGCCGGCCCUCUGCGUGACGUGAGGCGUAGCCUUCCGUCUUGGCCCGGAUGCCGCGCCCUUUUGGUCCCUGUUGGGUCGCGACUGUCCUGGGCGGGCUGGCCGCUGCAUCGCGUUCCCGUGUUAUGGCUACGAAUCUCGACCAUACUAACACCGGCGGACUGAUCGGGCCCCGCGUAUGACUCUCGGGCUGCAUGAUGUUGGAGCACCGCCAGGCGUCCUAUAGUAACUAACUAACUAGCUCAAGCUCAUACUGUUCUGUAGAUGAUCGAAGCGAGGUUGUCGAUCCACGCCACAAGUGGCUACUCACCAGGGGCGACACCCAGUGGAAUAAGAGGUGAAAACGAAGAAGCCGCUGGCUUGGACGAUUAAGGGGAUGCUGCUUCUUUACUAGGACAUGAUGACUCUCGUGGAUUCUAGAACAAUCCUGGCGAUUGUCAAAGAAUCAACUCUGGCUCAGGUUUAGGAAUUUGUUGCGAAUAAGACGAGUUCAAUUGUUGCACCAUGAAAGAAGAAGAUCAAACAAGAAAGCCAAGGCAUUGAAUUGGCAAGAUGUUCGAAGUAUGUGAAUGCAAAACCCUGCAAGUUUCUGAGCAUGAUGAAGCGCAAAAGCGAGCGAGACAGCUGACACCUGAAGAGUAACAGCAUGAGCAUCCAACUAAUGCCGUGCCAUUUACCACCUUGGACAUGAAUACCAAAAGCGUUGAUUGAACAGCUUAGGCCUUGAGUCAGUGGCAUGAAGUUUGGUAAGUUUGUGCACAACGUUGAGGAACCAACAAGCAAAGAAGUAAGAACCCAAGAACUUGCAACCGCUGCAGGCUGAUUCUCGUCCCACAGCAAAGCUGUGCUCGUGUCUUCGUUCGUUCUCCGCGUAAUUCUGUUUCGACAGAGUUAUGGGCCCAAAUCCGUAGAGUCUUGGGCCCAUUAAUUUGUCUGGCUUCCUUUGCUAUUCGAUUCUGAUUCGGGGUGGGGACUGCUAGCGAACAAGCAGCAGCAGGAGG